UUCAACAUCCUCAGCGAUGGCCACAUACCAAUACUGUAUCUGUAAGUGUUCUCAUUUACUUCCUUACUUGGGCAUAACCAUAGCAAUUUUGUCUUUCUUGAUCCCUCAUGCAGCUCCAUUAGACUUUAGCUUUCAGCAGUUUCUCAACAAGGAAAGUACCUUGAAUUUUGAAGGUGAUGUUUCUUAUGACAAUGGACUCCUCCAACUCACCCAACUUAAGAAAGACAGUGUUGGCAGGGUCACAUACUACAAACCACUGCAUCUUUGGGUCAAGGACUCAAGAAAACUCACAGACUUCACUUCCAAUUUCUCAUUCAUUAUAAAUCAACCAAACAAAACCCAUAUUGGAGAUGGCAUCACAUUCUUUCUUGCAAGCCCCAAAUUUCCACUUCCUAUCCCACCAGAUGGGUCUGGUAUAAGCCUUGUGAGUGGUCAACAAAUGGCAGAUCCAAAUUACAUAAAUGAGCAUCCAUUUGUAGCAGUGGAGUUUGACACCUUUUGGAAUCAUUUUGAUCCUCAAUAUGACCAUGUAGGUAUCAAUAUUAAAACCAUCAAGAGUCCUUUCACUACAGAAUUGUUUAGUAUUAAUGAUGGGAGAGUACAUGAUGCACAAAUUAGCUACAAUUCUAGCACAUGCAAUUUAAGUAUCAUCUUCACAGGAUAUGAGGAUAAUGUCACAGUGAAGCAACACUACUCCCAAGUAAUAGAUUUGAGAGAGGUCCUGCCGGAUUGGGUUGAGUUUGGCUUCUCUUCCGCAACGGGAUUGUUAUCUGAGAUACAUACACUUUGCUCAUGGUCUUUCAGCGCCAAUUUGGACUUGAAAGUGCACAAGGAUGAAAGUAACACAAGGAUGGUGAUAGGUCUGAGCAUUGGAGGAGGUGUUUUAGUUGUUGGUAUUGGAUUAGCUUGGCUUCUGAAGUUGAAGAUGAAGACAAGAGGCAAGGAAGAUGACUUGGAUCUUAUUAUGGACAGCGAUUUCGAAAGAGGGACUGGACCAAAAAGGUUUUCAUACAAUGAACUUGUUAGAACAACUAACAACUUUGCAAAUGAACUGAAGCUAGGAGAAGGAGGUUUUGGUGGAGUCUACAAAGGAUUUAUAAGAGAAUUAGGUGACUAUGUUGCAAUUAAAAGGGUGUCACCGGGAUCAUGACAAGGUGUGGAAGAGUAUG